AAUAUUUCUAGUACGGUGAAAAUCCGCCAGGUGAUCGAGCGCAGCAGGUAAGCGAAGCAAGCAGACGCCGCGAAGAGGCGGCUGCGGUGGCCAGAACACUAACCGGGGCGAAAUGGCAAGCAAGCAAGGAAACAAGCAACCCUUAAGCGCGCUCGAGAAGAAAAUGAUGGAAUGUUCGAACCUGUUUGAGCAAAGCCGGGGCUCCAGCUUCGCCAAGCCCCGACUCAGUGCUUCUGGCACCAUCAAGCACAGCUAUGCUCCCGGCUUCAACAUGCCACGGCCACCACAACUUGGACUUGCUCCACAGGCUGCAUCGACCACCUAUUUCCCUAUCUGGUGCCAGCGUGGGGAUGUGCCCGCUGUGUACCGGGACCUGGAACGACAGCUGUCGGGUCCCGGCGGCAUCAACAGCUCCCUGGUCUGCUCACUGCUGCUGUCAUCGGGGCUGUCCCGAUCUGCUCUGGGUCGGAUCUGGGACAUUUGUAGCCGCACUGUGCCCGGGUCAUUCACACAGCCUGAGCUAUACGCGGCUCUCGCCUUGGUUGCACUUGCUCAGAAAGGCUACCCACCUGAGCUAGAGCUGCUUUUCCGGUUGCCACAGCCCCCAGUACCCAUGUUUGCCCAGUCCGUGAACAAUGUCUGUGCCACUUCGGGUGGAACACUCCCUCAGGCAUGGCCAAGCCAGUCUUCGCCAUCACCUUCCCCACCAGUGCCACAGCAGCCCCCAGUAACUUGCUGCCCAACAUUCCAGGCCUCAGGUAGCCUCUUCCCGUUGUCCACUGCGAGUCCUUUGCCACCAGCACCAGUGUCAUCUGCACCCACCACAAUGUAUAUGUCAUCGCCUGCUGUGAAACCUCUACCGGCAGCACAAUCUGUUCCUGCUACAACAUUCAUGAGCUCUGUCCCCACUACGCUUGUGCCGUCCAUUCCUGCAACGUUCGUGUCGUCUGUUCCCGCAACAUUCGUGUCAUCUGUACCUCCGGUGAAAGCACUUGCAUCAUCUACACCUGUAGUAACACUUGCAUCGUCAACAUGUCCAGCGCCAGUCACAUCGGCUGUACCGAGGUUGAUGGGGCCCCCUGUAUCUACAGCGCCACUAGCUCUGUCAUCACAUUCGUCGGUGACGUUUGUUUCGGCUGCACCACCUGUGCCCAAGGGGUCGUCUGCUGCCUGCAGUUUUGUCGGGGCAUCCGGCGAAUGCAGUGGUGCUCUGGGAAAUGGUGCUGUGUUUGUUGGCUCUGUGCCAUUGCUGGUGAACCAUGGCUGCCCGCUGCCUACGGAACAAGUUUCUCGGCACUCCACACAGCCCACUGGUUCAGGAGACUUCGACGACGACUUUGAUGACUUCAAAUCAGCACCGGAACGGGGUCAUUCGCAACAGCUGCCGCCACCUCUUGUAGAUGACAUGCCAAGACUGUCUGCUGAUGAGCCAUCGCUCAUUCAACCUGUCUUGCCCAACAAUGCUGAAAAAGUAAAUUCGCUUCCAGACUCUCCGCGGUUAGAACCUCCAAAGGUUACAACUGCGAAUAUGCACAAUUUGCAGCUAUCUAAGCAGCGAAACAACAUUUGUGAAAGCCCUAAGACGUUUAACUUUGGCCUCAAAAUCAACUUGAACGCUCUUAUGGCUUCAAAACCCCUGGAUUCUCAUCCUGCUCCCGCACGACCUCCUGUUUCUGCUCCGUCAACUAACAAUAAAACGGUGCCAGAACAAGUACCGGCGUUGGAUGAUGAUUUCGCCGAUUUCCAGACAGCAUUUCCUGAAAGUUCCAAGCCAUCUGUGCCCUCUGAGGAUCGGUACAGUGUGUUCAAAGAACUGUGUGAUGAUGGACCGUCAUUGUGGAAUGUGAUGGAUGAUCCUGCAAGUAAUGCAAAGGACACAAAUACAAGUACGGACACCAUGGACUUGGGUUGUCACAGUACCGAGACGUGGCACAACCCGCUACCAGAUGAUGAUAAGGAGGACGAGGAAGACUUUGGCGACUUCUGCCACGUCCAAGUGGUCCCUCCACCAGCGCCUACAUCUCCAGAAAAACGCGCACACAUGUUGGGUGAUCUCCUGUACAAUCCUGGACCCUUUUCAUCACAGUCCAAUGACACCAUCUCUCUAGGUGAUGCACUCUCCGUAAACAGCCUUGAAUUUGGUGCACGUGAUAGUUCACUGUCCAGCCGGCAUGGAUCAGUGUUAAGCCUUGAUUUCCGGCUAGGCAACAGCGACGAUGAGGAGUCUGCUUCAGCGAGGACAGGGUGUUCAGAUGAAGUCCGUGCAGCCGCCACAGCUGACAGUCAAGAAGAGGCAUCUCCAUCUGCCAAUUCAUCUGACACGACAUCAGACACACAGCCUGAAGGCACAGCUUCCAUGGCAGAGCAACCGGUGCUACUUUUGGACAAGUACAGCGUGAUUCGAGGCAUGAACCAGGACGCUCCAGUUGGGGAGGCAGCCUGCCUGGACAGCUGGACACGCUGCUUGGAGAGUGUGCGUGAGCUCAUCAGCGAGGCUGAGUCCGUCUUCAACCGGGAGGCCAGCAGUCAGGUGUGCAGGGAGGCACUGGACACUGCAGAGGGCACUGCAUACAUGCAAAACCUGGCAGAAAUCUACAAAGUGUGUCAGCGCAUCGCCCUUUCAUCACGCCUGACGGGCCUGCAGUGUGAGAGCCUGGACAAGCUCUGCUGUGAGGUGCAGGACACCUGGGAGCGACUGGCCUCGUAUCUUGAGAACUCCUGCCUCUUUACUUUGAAGGUACCUCCUGCCGAAGAUUCCAGGUGGCUGCCGAGCACCGAGGAAUCGGCGAAGUCGUGUGGUGUGUGUCUUCUAAACGUUGACAAUCCUGACAUUGCAUCUUCGAAACUUUCCUACAGCGGCCGCGAGUACCACUCUCCAUGUGCCAACCUGUGGGUAAACUGUGUCAACUCACUACUCCCUGCAGUGAGUCCGGUGCAACUGCUCUAACGAGGAAGACGGUGCACUCUUUGUCAUGCAUACUUGCGUCAUUCCCUCCUGCCCCACUCCAAUUCUUUUUGCCCAGACCCAAGAGUCAAGACCAUGUAUUUGCCUGGUGCAUUGUCAAUCAAUGAGUCAUCUAAUGACAGCGACAGAACCUUGAUUUGUGGUGUUGCUCUACCGAGAGAGAAAAAAAUAUGGUUGCAUGUUGGGAUAUCUGUUGGCUUCGUUCUCACACAGAUGUCAUGACUAUUUUGAAAAACUGAGCCAACAUUGUUGUGAAUGGUGUAGAUAAUGUCUUGUGCGGUGUCCUUGCAGUAGCAGAUUGUGUUGUCAUCAAAUGUUUCGAAGCCGCUCCAUGAGUGACAGCAUCUGUUGCAAGGCCCUGUUGUGGGAUUCCUGUAACAAGCCUGAUGCUUUGAAGUUCUGGAGAUUAUGGAGCACUGCCCUUCUUUAUCUCUGAGGCUUUCGAGCAAGAAAAGUUCUGAUUGCUGACUGACGUAGGUCGUGUUGUUGGCAUCAUGAAAGUGGAAUGCAAAAUAGCGAACCUGCCCCGGGGCCCACAUUACUUGUGCUGGAUGGUUUGAAACUUUUCACAAAGACUGUGUAAUGUUGCAAAUUGAGUGCAGUGUUUACAAAGCAGAUUAAUUGCUCCGAGAGCAUGCCUGCAGGGAUAGUUGAAGCAGCAGGAACAUAGUAAGAAUGGGGGGUCAGCAAGGGCUCGCAUCGAAGCGGUGUAGAUAACCUGCUAGCUUGCACUGACCGCAACUUGUUGUGCAUGCUGUCGCGUGUUUAGGCGAAAGCAAAAAAGCCAUUGGAAUGUUGUCGGGAACUCCUUGAUUCUCGAUUUGAAGGUCUUGUCAGAGACAUCAAUUGGAUGUUUCAGCUAAGCCAAGGCGAAACACACUUUUAUUUUGAGAACAUGCAAGUUGUGAAACUAUCAGGGAACAAACUUUGUUUUCAACAUUACACCCAUGAUUUGUGCUUGUGCAUUUGGCUUGCAUUUAGAGCGACCCUGUUGCGUUAGGCCAAUGCAAACUUCUGGCAAACGUGCCUAGCUUUGCUCAUUGUGCCAGAAUGUCGUGAGAACCGGUGUUCAUAAAGAAUUGAGGUGGCCUGCUCUCUUUAUUAUUCUUUAACUGUGGCAUAGCAUUAAAAAGAUUGCAGCAUGUUGCCUUAGUGCAUUUAUUUUUACACUUAACACUUUUAGCAUAGCUGAUAUUAUAGUUAAUAGCAUAUUUAUUUUAUCCUUUUUGCUAACCUUGCCACUUGGGGAGGCAGCAUUUGGAACUGUUGUUUUAUAAUAUUAUGUUCUCUUUUGUAAUAUGUUGACUAUGUUGACAUGACCCUUUAUGUGGCUCAUUUGAGACACUCCAGCCAUAUUAAGUGACUGAAUAGGCUUUUUGUUAAUGUGCACAGACACUUAAGGAUUUAUCCUUAGUAGGUGUUUAUGAAUGCUAGUGAGGCAUGCAUUACAGCUUCCUAAUUGUGCACUGUGUAGGCAGUUGUGUAGAGUCAAAUGGCUAUGAAAUGUGAUCUGUUAAUACUGUGUACAUAAAUAAACCUUUUCAAGUGCA